AUGGUUUCUGACCCCGCUUGCAUAACCGACCUGCCGCUUGAAGUAUUAGAGCACAUUCUGGUUAUUUCGGACCCCAUUGACGUCGCAAGUACAACCCAAGUGUGUCGACUCCUCCGCGGGCUCGUCUACUCUGCCGGUGAUGAGCAUUUCUGGCGAGCUCUUUACUUGGCGCAACCAUUUGAUGACCCCCGUGAGGCGGUCACCUACCUCGGCAAACGCCGGACUGACAUCAAAUGGAGGGAGGAACUACAACGCAUCAUUCGCGCAAGGACAGUCGUGAAUGAUGUUACUGUCUGUCGACCAGAUGAAAGAUGUCAGGUGCUACGAACCCUGCUUGACAUGGUGACCAACGUACCGCCUCUACCUUCCUCUGAGAGCGAGCCGACGUCCCGUAAUGUGUUGUGGAUGCAGGCGCUCUUGCAGGACGGCGCGUUCCUAGAUCUGGAAAGCCAUUCGCAUGAAGAAGAACAGCUGCGCGCACGCUUGCACACAUGGUUUGGGCUGACUGACAUAGACGCUUUGCCAACGAAGAGAGUAGUAUCCCGAGCGUAUGUGUACAGUCAGCGCAACUACCAGUCCUCAAACAGCUUUGGGCCUUUUAUGCAAGAUGGGAGUGGAGUAGUCAAUUGGGUGCAUAUGCAGAAGCUCGCACACGUCUUCGCUAGCGCGUUGGGUUGCUCUCUGAGCCUGACUUUCUGUCAGGCUGUCAUACCACCCAGCCUGAAUAUGAACCGCGAGACUGAUUGGGCUGGCGUCGAAGGCUUGUGGCACAUCUCUUAUUGUUUCAUGGAUCAUCGGGAGUUACUAAUUUACAACGAUCCCAAUAUACCAGAGGACGAGCCACUUGAUCUCACUAUAUUCGAAGAGGGAGAGUUACAAGAGACAUUCAGUGCAAUAGACAUAUUUUUCCGCGUGAUCAAUGUCGAGGAAGACCCGGAUCACCCGGCACGGCCCAUAAUCAACUACGUAGGAGAGAUGGAUGGCAAUUUCUCCAUCGUCGGCUACGUCAAACUCACGCCUGACAACCAGAUACGAUGGCACUUUGUCGCUGGUAACGGAGACCAGCCAGUGUGGUGGGGUGAAGCGAUUGUUAUGGGCAACAUCCGUUCUCAAUAUGGAGUUCUUGGAGCUUGGUCUACGACCUUGCAUGAUCUACAGGAUCCUAUUGCUGCAGCACAUAUCGGGGAAGAUCCCGACGAACGGUGA